GCGGCCUUGUCGUACCAGUCGGCGCAUUCUUUCGGUCUUUGGAUUUUCUUGGUUUCCUCGCGCGCGGAAUGCGCUUGACCCUCCUAGCUUAGAGUCGCUCAAAAGGGGCGUGUCCUCAUCACCUAUUCGCAUCUGUGCUUGACUCGCUAGCGAGUUCGAAGUCCACCAAAACAAAGUUGAACAAACAAGUCAAAGGUCGGCGAUAUGGCGCAGCGGGCGGACGAAAAGAACGAGAAGAAGAUUCUGUGCGUGGGGCUCGUGUGUCUGGACAUCAUCAGCGUGGUGGACGAAUUUCCCCGAGAAGAUUCCGACAACAGGUGUGUGUCACAGCGAUGGCAGCGAGGCGGCAACGCGUCCAAUUCGUGCACAGUUUUAUCACUUCUGGGAUCGCCCUGCGCAUUCAUGGGCUCGCUUUGUGCUGGACCUGCGGCCAGUUUCAUCGUUGAAGACUUCUCGCGUCGGGCCAUCGACAUUUCGCGGCUGGCGUGGCAGCCGACCGGCCAGACGCCGAGCGCAUGCUGCGUGGUUUGCCCGUCCAGCGGUUCUCGCACCGUCCUGCUAGCCGACACCAACAUCCCAGACGUGACGAGCGAAGACUUCAACGCGGUGGACUUGAGCGCCUUCAAGUGGAUCCACUGGGAGGCGCGCGACCCGGACCAGCAGCUGAAGAUGAUGCGGAGGGUGGCGCGGUACAAUGCCGCGUUGCCGCGGCAACAGAAGAUCACCAUCUCCGUGGAGAUCGAGAAGCCCAGGGAGAAUCUUUAUCGGCUCUUCUCGCACGCCGACGUGGUGUUCGUGAGCAAAGACGUGGCUCGGCAGCUGGGCUUCAACUCGCCGCGGAGCGCUCUGCGAGGACUGCGAGGGCGCCUCAAGGCCGGGUUCGAGUCUCAAAAGUCUCAAGAAGACGGGCGGGGGGCCAUACAGCACGCCGUCCUGAUCUGCGCUUGGGCCGAGAAAGGCGCGGACGCCUCGGACGCCGACGGGACGCUGCUCCAUUCCGACGCCUUCCCGCCCGAAUGCGUGCUGGACACGCUGGGCGCCGGCGACACCUUCAACGCCGCCGUCAUACACAAGCUGGCCAACGGUUGCGAUUUGCAGGACGCGCUGACGUUCGGCUGCCGGGUGGCGGGCUGCAAGUGCGGUUUCCAUGGUUACGACGCCAUCGCCGAGAAACUGAGCGCACUCACGCGAGUCUGACGGACGAGGGAUCAAAAAGCUUUAUUGACGUUGUCGUCGCGUGAUCGAUUGGCGGAGAUGACGAUGAUGACCGAUUGCGUUGUUGACCAAUAAAGUUGCCGGAAAACAUCAAA